AGCAAUUAAACAAAAUAUUUAUAAUAAAAAAGCAGUGGGAAUUCGUUAAUUAAUUUAAUCAGCCUGAGAUCCGUCCCUAACAACAAGAGAUCAUCACCCACACAGACAUAUAUUUUGUGCAGGUUACUAAUCGUACGUGGCUCCUUUGGCCACCAAUAAAUAAUCAAAUCCCCAUUUCAUUUGGUUAAUUAAUCAAUCAUUUCUUAAUCAUUUUUAAUAUUAAGGUCCACUUCUUCUUGUAUAAACUCUGAAGGAAAUCCCCACCCUGGCCACUGCAUUUCUGUGCAGUUUUAGAGUGAGAGAAACAGAGAUAGUAGAGAGAUAUAGAGAGAGAAGAUCCAUUUUGUUGGCUUAAGGAAACUCCAAGAACAAAGCUUACACGAAGCAAUGAUGAUCCUGCAGGUUAUCCUUUGAGGUUAGUAUACAAUUGAAAUCCCUUCAUCCAUACCUCAUCCUUCCGUUCGAUCUUCUUCGUGUUUGUCUUUUUCGUAGAUGAUGUUGAUUCUUUUUCAAAUGCGAAAUUUAAAGUAAGAUUGUAUGGUUUUUUUACUCCUCUACUUUGUUAGUAAUAUGUAUAAAUGAAACACUACAUGCUCAUCGAGGUCGACAAGUAUUAGUGACACGGCUUCUUAAAUCUUAACCACUACACCACAAAUGCUAAACGAAUUCAACUCUUAUAAAAUUGAAAAUGAAAAAAAAAACAUUGGUCUAUAUAUGCAUAGACGUUAAGUAAACAGCAUAUGCAUGCAAAAUUUACGCCACGAUUUGCCUCGAGGUUGAAGAUCGGGAGGUGAACUACAACUACGUAUACAAAGUAGGAUGAAUACAUUAAUUACAAGUAACAACUCAUUUGCAAAAAAAAAAAAAAAUGUUACAUCAACACACAAUUCAGAAUGUGCGUCUUCAGUUGCUGCCGACAGAGAGUCGUGAUGUACAAUACUGCACUAGAAAGCAGCGUUCCCAACUCGGUUUGAGCGUAGUUGAGGGUUCGGUUAGGUUUCAACCGGAUAUGAUUAGGUUUUAGUUUCGGUUCGGUUGGUCUAAGAGCUGCCUCUUCUGUGCGUCUUUGAUCUUUCCUUCUAGCUUGGCAUGACGAUGAAGUUCAAUUUGAACCAAAGAUGGAUAGUUUUGUUUCUUUUCCCCUUUGAUCAGAAGGCCCAAAUGUGAGCCGAAUAAGAUAGCGUCACUUGACUCAAAAGAAGGAGCAAAAGUGCAAAACAAACCCAAAAAAGAAAGAAAGACAUUUGGGCCCUUAAUGGGCUGCUGGGCCACCGUCGGCGUCAGCCAUCAGUCACUCACGUCCUCGACCGUACAGCACAGCAGUCACCGGCGGGCGGACAUCACACGAGCCCAAUUUCCGUACCAAAACAAAAUAGUUUUUGUUAUAUUCCUCUGAAAAUAAUAAUUAUUAUUAUUAUUCAUCAGAUUAUGCAAAAGAACCAAAAAAAAAUUAUGACAGAGAUUUUAAUUUUGGUACUGCAGAUCCCAAAUCUUCUUCCUGCCACCCAUCUGAUUUCCAUUUUCAGCAAAAAAAAAAAAAACAAGAGUAAAAAUUAAUGAAUUUCAUUUACGAUACUCAAGUUUUUCUUUGUUUAUUUUCCCAUUUUGUCAUUUUUCGGCUAUACAGGGUAAAAUCCAGAGAAUCUUCCAUGAUUUCUCUGCCCACUAUGGAUUUCUUUCUGGGUUGGUAGCUUGUGGAUGAAAUCUUCUAGUAACAAUAUAACAUUAACUUCACCAAUCCAUUAUAUAAACUCAACCUAUAUGUUAUGUCUAAGAAGUUGAAGUAGUGAGAGAGUUAGUAGUGGUUCAGAUGCUUGUCGUUUUAUCGAUUGGUCCGAGCAGCAGAAUCAUCAACCGAUUGUCCUAGUGGUUUAUUUUGAUGGAUGGUUCGCAAUUAACAAGCCCGCUAAAUGUAUUAUAGUGUGCUCGUGCUUAUGUCAGUUUAACUCUAAACAUGAGACACGUCAUGUUACAUGAAGUUAGCAAUUGAAUAUUUCUUCGAUGAAAUUGAUUUUUUUUUUUUUUUUGUGGAAAUGCAAUCAACAUCUAUUUCGUCGCUCUAUAUAGUUACGUCGAGUAUCGAUAAAAGCUAACAUCUCUCUAACCUUUUCGUUCAUCCAAAACAAAAUUUGUAAGCUAUAAAUAAAAAUCGAUUACCUAUAUAUUUAGUACAACAAUCCAUCAUGUAAUAUUUUUUAAUGCAAUUGGGUUUGCGCAAGUGGACACCGUGGAAGCAUGGCCAUAGUACAAAAUUUAUUGGAAAAAUGUCAUUAAAAUCCAUAGAUUUGAUAUCUACCAUACCCUACAACUUCAUAUCCCCUUUACCAAAGCUUCGGAUCCUUGUAGAUACGUCCUUUCAAGAUUUCAUGCAAUGGAUUUGGAUGUUUACAUUACUAGCCUAGAUAUGAGACCUUAAACCGACCCUUUUGCACAUCGAUUUUACAAUGCCAAUUUGCCCAUAAAAUGAGCAGAAAUGAGGAAAGAAGGGAAGUAAAGAGAAAGAUGCAUAUGGUGGAUGCAUAGUAAUUGGUACAUGCAAUACAAAAAGUGGGAGUUAAAACCCAAAUGACAUCCUUUUAUAUGGCUUGUGAAAGUUUUGUAGGGGUGUACAUGGGUCGGGUGGUUCGGGUUUAGACAUUUUAAUCACCCGAUCCAUGCACUACGGUUUGGGAAAUAUGAAACCCAAACCCACCCAAAAAAAUCUAAACCCUACAGUUUGUUUCUAAUUGGGUUGGGUCGGGUUGGCGAUAUUUUUAAGUAAAAACCCAACCCAACACAAAAUAUGUAAUUAUUCUACAUCAUAAAAAUAUUGUAUAACUAAUUAAAAAUUUCAAACGAAUAAACCGAGGUGAAAGGUAUCAAAAUUCACAAAUAUUGUUUGAAGUUUAGUAAAACUUGAUUUACUUCAACUUAUGUCUAGUUUUUUUCACGACAUUUGUUGAAAUAGGCUAAAAAGGUUACAAAUGAACGCAUCCAUAAUAUGAUAUUCUUUUAAACUUGGAACACGGGUUGGGUCGGGUUCUACGGGUUGUGUAAUCCAAAAUCCAAACCCAACCCAAAAGAGGCGGGUUGUACAAAAGAAAACCCUCACCCAACCCAAAAUCUUCGAUUUAGCGAUAAAUACGGGUGGGUUGGGUCGAGUUGGACGGGUGGGUCGGUUUGCGGGUGUGUUUGUUCACCCCUAAAGUUUUGUAAGAUGGAAAAGGGUGCAAGAUAUCGAACUCGAGAUAAAUUCAUUUAUCUAGUUCUUUAUUAGAAGUAUGAAGACAUAUUUGGCCAAAAGAUGUAUGCGUAGUAAUUUCACUACAGUGAUUGAGAGAGACUCAUAAGUUUUUUUUUACCUUAGAUUUUUUUGCCAUGAAACGUGAGAUCGAGCUAGAGGUGUUUUUGCUACUAGACAUAUGGGUCUCUUUAGUCUUUGGUGUAACUUAUGCGAUGCUUUGUCUAUUUAUUUCGUGUCGUCAGUCAAUCAACAAAUAAGACUGUUAUAAUAUUAUGGCCAACUGAAACUUGCAAGUACUUCCAUUAUAUUUUUGUUCUUCUCUCAAUCUUGUUUUUUUUUAUAUCGCAGCUUUAGCGAUUUUGUAUUUUUCAUUGAUAACAUGAAUAUAUUUACAAGAAAGGAAAGAAAAACACACAAUUGAAAACAAUACAUUUUUACCAUCUAACCAAUUCCUAAAACUCACAAGUUACUCUCAUAGUCUCAUUCCUUUCCUUACUUACCCUUAUCUUUCACCUCCCAAAUCCAACAGAAACCAAACAAACAAAAGAAAGAAAUAGAAAAACACAAACAAACAACAAAAACCCUUCCCUCCAGAACCCAAGAACUGUUCUGGUAGCCUCAUUUGCAGGAAACUAGCCAUAGCCACCCUCUAAUCUAUAUCAGCGUUGCACUAAAGAAGGUCCCUUUUCUUUCUGCAACCAUUUCUGUCAAAAAACGAAGGCAAGAAAGAAAACACAAACACACACAAUCCCCCAAGCUCAAAAGUGAGUAGUAAGUAGCAACAGCAGCAGCAGUUUUACUAAAAGGAAAUCGCUUUCCUUGCCAAUGGGAAAUUGUCUGCCUGCUGGUCUGGGCUGCUUUGUUGUUUCUCUGUCUCCCUUCAUUAACACCAUUACUGUUCCAUAGACAGAGAACCACCACCACCAGCUGCAGCUAUCACAUUGUAGCUGUCUGAUUAAUUGUUUUGCUGCUUGCUGUUGCUGAGCCUAUCCCUUGCUCUCUUUUUGUCAAAAUUGAAUGUAUGUGUUGUUGCUCUGUUUUGUUUGUUUGCCGCCAUUAAUGCCCUUUUUAGAAGCUCGACUUUAUUGCUUCCCUUAAUUCGAAUCCCACAGGGUUAGUUACCCAUUUCAUUUCCCCCCAAUUUUGGGUUUCUGAUUAAUCAAAAUCAGAUUCAACUAGGGAAACAAUCAUAUGCAUAUCCCCGUUUCCCCCUUUGAUUCGGAAAAAACUGGGAUUUCUUCCCCCUUUUCUCUGCUCUGCCAUUAUCCCCACAAAACAGAGUAAAAAAGGAACAUACCUUCUUCUUCCUUCUCCAUUUUAUUUUUCUGGGUUCUCGUCCCUUCUCCCUUUACCAGAUCUCGAGACCCUUUUGCCUCCUGAUCUCUCAUCUACCGUUUUGUGAUAUUGACAUUUGUUCAAUAGUCAUUUAAUUCGUCGGGGGCACAUUCCCAAACCUUUUUCAACUCAACCCCCAAUCGCUUGUUCACUGCACCUUCUUCUCCUCUUUGUUCGUUCUUCUCUCGCUUCAUUUCCUCCGCCAUUAUCUCCUUCUCUCUCUGUUUCGUUUUACAAUAUACAGAGCACUUAGAGCAAAGCUGAAGCGUAAAAACCCAACCUUUUUGUUUGUUUAUAUUAUCAUCUCAGCUGCCCGUGUGGGGAAGAAGAAGAAAAAUGUUGACUUCCCCUCCAAUUUUGAUGAGGUGUUAGCUUAGCUCAUUAAGCCCAGCAAUUACGGGGAGGUCGGUGCCACAAAAUCGGACGAGCUUUUGAUUAGUUGCUUUGGAUGGAAACCAAGGUACUAGGAGGAGUCUCUACUUUGUUCUCCUUCUCCAUUUACCCUUUCCCCCAUAAUUGUUCUCUCUUCUUGUCAUUUAGCCGAGUUUAGUGGCUUCCUGCUUCCCUUCCCCUUUCCAAUUUCUUUAUUAUUCCCAAUUCCCGCCCACAUUUUGAAGCUCCUGAUUUGAUCUCCUGCCAUAAUCCCAUUGGUUGUUUGAUUCUGAAUAUAUGGUUCCUAGUACUUGCCCAUGUUUGUUGAGUUUUUUAAUGCUUCCCACAGUUGGAAGUUUCCAUUUUUAUAAUGUGGUAAUGGGAGGAGAACUCGGGCCGUGAACUCUGGGAAUUUUGUAGGGAUUGGUGUUUGCUGUUAUAAGGAGAGUUUGCUAUUUGUUAAGCUUUUUCCUCUAAUUUGAUUUGUGACAUUGAGGGGGGGGGGGGGCAUUUUCUUGUUUGUUUUCAGGUUGUGGAGAAGUGCUAAUCUCUCAGGAAGUAGGAAGUGAUCAAAUGUCGUUAGGAGAGGGAUUUGGGUUUGAGAUUUGGAUGAGUGAGCCUCAGAGUGUUGAGAGAAGGCGCCAAAAUUUCAUGUCCCAAAUGGGUCUUUCAAAUGACGUGAGUGGCUCUUCAAUGAGCAGCAAUGGCGGUGAGGAAGAAAUUGUUGGGUUGGAGUUGUCGGAGAGGGUUUAUGAGAGCAGUAAUGCUGAAUGUUCGUCGAGUUCUUGCACCGAUGGAGAUGAGAUAAGUAGUUUGGUUUGUUUUGGGAGGGAGAGUUGUUCUGAAGCUAAUUCCAUGGCUGAUGAUGAUUUGGAAGAAGAGGAGGAGUUUGUGGGAAGGAAACCAGGUAGUGUGAGCGAGAGCUCGGAAGGUCAGGUUUCGACAUCUCAGAAAGGGAAUGUCGAGAAGAUAAAGAGACGUUGGAGCUGGAAGCAGUUUGUGAACAACAAGAAGAGGGAUGAUCAAGAGGUUAGCAGUAAUGACUUGGUUUCCAAGGCAAGCAGCAGAUUGGCCAAAGUGAAGUGCAACAAGAAGAAUUACAUGGAGCUCAGUGGGUUGUUUGUAGAGCAAGAAAUCCAAGCUCACAAGGGAUUCAUUUGGACAAUGAAGUUCAGCCAUGACGGCAAGUACUUGGCGACUGGUGGAGAAGAUGGCAUCAUUCGAAUUUGGCAAGUUGGAACAGCUCCUGCUGAUUCCAAGCUUCCCGGGGUUGGUUUGAAGAAGGGUGGCGGCCAGCUUCAUCAUCAUCCUUCCAUUGUGAUUCCUGAGAUGGUUUUCAGAAUCGAAGAGUCACCGGUGCACGAGUUUCGUGGCCAUUCGAGUGAUGUUCUUGACUUGGCAUGGUCAAGCUCAAAUUUGCUGCUGUCUUCUUCAAAGGACAAAACUGUUAGAUUGUGGCAAGUUGGCUGCAACGACUGCCUCAAUGUUUUCCACCAUCGUAACUAUGUGACAUGUAUCCAAUUCAAUCCUGUGAAUGAGAACUACUUCAUCAGCGGAUCAAUCGAUGGGAAAGUUCGAAUAUGGGGGGUGCACGAGGCACGAGUCAUCGAGUGGGCUGAUGUUCGAGAUGCCAUAUCUUCCGUAUGUUAUAAACCAGAUGGCAAGGGAUUUGUAGUUGGCUCGAUUCGAGGCAGAUGCCGCUUCUAUGAAGUAUCAGCCAAUGAUCUGCAACUAGAGGCAGAGAUUCGUAUACAAGGAAGAAAGAGAACAUCCGGCAAUAGAAUCACGGGCAUUCAGUUUUCCCAGGAAAAGGCACCAAAAGUUAUGAUCACUUCUGAAGAUUCCAAAGUCAGAAUAUUCGAUGGCUUUGACCUCAUCCACAAGUUUAAAGGGCUCCCAAGAUCAGGGAACCAGAUGUCGGCUUCCUUCACAUCAACAGGGAAACACAUAAUCUCGGUUGGAGAUGACUGUCAAGUCUAUGUCUGGAACUACAACGACCAAGGCAGCUUCUAUGGCGGUGGUGGUAGCCCUGUCCACUCCAAACACAUCAAAUCCGAACAGUCCUUCGAGCAUUUCUCCUCGCAAGGUGUCUCUGUUGCUGUGCCUUGGCCCGGAAGCAACAAGAGCAGUGGUGGUGAAGUUGGUGAUAGUGGGAGUCAAGGCAGGUUCCUUGGCCAGAAAGGCACCGGCCAGGGUGGUGGUAGGAGGGCUUCCAAAGACAUGGAUAGAUUUUCGCUUGCAAAUUGGCGCAGAUUCAUGGAGGGUGGACGUCGGGGGAACUCGUCGUCUGCUGCCACGUGGCCCGAGGAGAGGCUUCCCGGUUGGGACGAUGGUGCGGUGGAUCGGAAACCGAAGUGGUUUGAUGCGCCGGCGACUUGGGGGAUGGUGAUUGUGACUGGAAGUUGGGAUGGAAAGAUUUCCACUUUCAAUAACUAUGGCUUGCCGAUGAUCCUGUGAGACAAUGCUAUGACUUGAGUUGGAAGCAAUGGAGAAAACCAACUUGUAGAUGUUGAAGAUAGAAGAGUGUACAGAUUUAGCUCUAGAUCAAGAUUAGACUUAGUGUUCCUUUUUCCUUAGAGAAAAUCGUGGUUGAUGUGAAUAAUUUAACUUAGUUGAAACACGAUUAAAAGGAAGCGGAAAGGAAAAUAUAUGCUAAUUCUAUCGUUUGAAAGUUGUGCAUUGUUAAAUUCAAAAGAUAUAAUACGAUGAAUAUAUGAAAGAAUUUCUUAAAUGUCCUUUCUCUCUGUUGUGACUACAAGUUUAUAAUAAUUUUUUUCGUGUUUGAUCGCACCCGAUCAAAUUGAUAUUUGGCUUGGACCAUAUCGAAUAAAAUAUAAUAUGAUUC